AUGUUUUCACAUGCCCUGAAGAGGAUCUGUGUUUGUGGGGAUCAGCCACACGCCAACCAUACCGACAAGCAGAUGUUUUCACAUGCCCUGAAGAGGAUCUGUGUUUGUGGGGAUCAGCCACACGCCAACCAUACCGACAAGCAGAUGUUUUCACAUGCCCUGAAGAGGAUCUGUGUUUAUGGGGAUCAGCCACAUGCCAACCAUACCGACAAGCAGAUGUUUUCACAUGCCCUGAAGAGGAUCUGUGUUUGUGGGGAUCAGCCACAUGCCAACCAUACCGACAACCAGAUGUUUUCACAUGCCCUGAAGAGGAUCUGUGUUUGUGGGGAUCAGCCACAUGUCAAACAGACCAACAAGCAGAUGUUUUCACAUGCCCUGAAGAGGAUCUGUGUUUGUGGGGAUCAGCCACAUGCCAAACAGACCGACAAGCAGAUGGAGGAUAGAGAUCAGUCUCAGCUGCUUACUCUUCCGCCCACCACCAUGGCACUUAGUAUAUACUGCACCUCAGUCACCAUCUUCUUCAUCACCAUAAAGAUGGUCAACUAUCGCCUCCAUGCGAUGUUUGAUAAAGGCGACGUUGUGCCCCCAAGCAGUCUCUCUGAUGUCAUCCAAGGUGCAGAGAAUAAUAGCAACGUCUCAGAUUCAUGUCUUCCAGCUACAUUAAGUAGUAUAUAUGUUGCAGCCCAUAUUGACAGCAUCCCUGAGGAGAAACAACCCACAGAGAGCCUGCAGCCUGAGGAGGAGCUCUCCCCAGAGGACCUGUCUAGCCCCAACCCUGACCAGGCCGCCCCUCUCCUGCUGGGGGAGCAGAAGCAUGUGGCUGGUAGGGAGACUGCUGAUGAGGGACUGCCCUCCUCCAAGGGGAGUGAUGAAGAGAGAAGAAAGCAAACAGAGCAGGAAAAACAGCCCCAACAGGACCCCAACAACAGCUCUCUAGACCAGCCAGAGGAGACAUACUGCUCGGACGAGAUCGCUGUUGUCUUGGUGGACAACUCUGACCCAUUAGCCCGCCUGGACGAGAACGACACGGUCAAGAUCAUCAUCACCAUGAGCUGUGAUGCCCAGACGGCUGCGGAGCUGGAGGAGUUGGUCAAACAGAGCAUCCUGGAGUCUGCCCAGGCACAGAUAGGCAUCGACCACCAUGGAGGGGCUGCUGGCGACUGCCUCAUCAAAAUUCCUGUUAUCACCUUUGACUCGCCUGAGGAUGAUGAAUGGAGUGGUGCAGAGAAUGAAAGGGAACCCUUAUCUGAGCCUGACCCUGCUCAGCUGCAGACUCCAAGCCCAGACGGCCAGAUCACCAAAGAGUUGAUGAGCUCUGACUCUGCCGUUCUGGACUGCCGGGACUACAACGAGGCAGACCUGGAACACCCCAGCCCCCUGUUGACCACAGCCGACAACAGGUCCUCUGGCAUCGACGUCCACUCCCACCCUGACGAGAACGACCCUCCUGACCUCAAUGUGGAUGCAGAUGGCUUCCUGCGAAUCCCGUCUACGUUCAGGAACUACGGCCUGGGGGGCAGGACACACGUGCGAGGCUUGAGCAUGGACAGUGGGAAGGAUGCAGUCCUCAUUGCGGACAGAUCACAGAACAGACAGACUACCAUGACCUCGUCCAAGUCAGACCUGGAGGCCAAGGAGGGCCAGAUCCCCAACGAGUCCAACUUUGUGGAGUUUGUGUCACUGCUGGAGUCCAUUAACAGCACCAUGGGAGCCAGUGGAAACCCACCAGAGGAGGUGACUGAAGAGGGAGCCAGAGCCAUGAAGGAAGAGGACGUCACUGACGCUAACACAGAGACAGAGAGCCAGCAGGAGCGUCCAAUCCCUCCCAAUAUUCUGGCCACAACAGACACCCUCCACAUGACCCCCGAAACACGGAUCCCCAUUGUGUCUCCAGACAGUCCCCAGACAGACCAGGAUAAAGAGCCAGACUACGACUCCCUGCCCUCCCAAACAUCUCAGAGACAGACCUCUGAUCUCCUGUCCACUUCCUCGGAGUGCCAGGACGGGCUGGCGGGCCCACACACAGACUGCCCCUUCCAGCGCCGCAGGCUCCGGCCUCGGAGAACGCACCCCGAAAUCUUCCAGGAGGAGGACUCGAUUGAUGAGUCGUCAGAGACCUCCACACAGGAAAAGCCUUCUCGUAAGCUGAACUACAAGCUUAAGCUUUUUCCUGGGAAGUGGGUAAACAUCUUGUAUGACCGGCUGACCUUGUUGGCGCUGUUGGACAGGAACCAGGAUGUGGUGGAGAACAUAGUGGCUGUGUUCCUGGCCUUCCUGAUGGCCUUCCUGGGGUUUAUCCUGCUCAACCACGGCUGCUUCAAAGACAUCAGGGUUUUCCAGUUCUGCGUGGUCAUCGCUAGCUGCCAGUUCUCGUUGUUAAAGAGUGUGCAACCUGAUGCAGCCUCGCCAACACAUGGACACAAUCAGAUUGUUGCCUAUAGCCGGGCAACUUAUUUCUGCAUUUUCUGUGGCCUUAUUUGGAUUCUGGAACAGAUGUUAAGAAGGAAGGACCUGCCUGUGUCCACUGUAUAUGGCAUCCCCAUAGUAUUAGCAGAUGCUCUCAAAUUCCUGAGAGACAUUUUAGUGGGCCUCACCUUCUGCUUUCCUAUCACAUUUCUCGUUGGCCUGUUCCCACAAAUCAACACCUUUAUGAUUUACCUGCUAGAACAAAUAGACAUUCAUUUAUUUGGUGGAACAGCUGCAUCUGGACUCCACUCAGCAGUAUACAGCAUAUUCCGUAGUCUGACGGCAUUAUCUUUGCUGUACGGGUUCUGUUUUGGAGCUCUGAAGGAGCCCUGGGAUGAACAGCACACCCCAGCCUUGUUCUCUGGGUUCUGUGGCUUGCUGGUGGUUCUCUCCUACCAUCUGAGUGGGCAGAACAGUGACCCGACUGUACUGAUGUCUCUGAUCAAGUCCAAACUGAUGCCCACUCUUGUGGACAGUGAGGAAGAGGAUGAAGACUCAGAAGACAUCAAGGACCCUCUUCCUGAGAAGCUCAUGAAUUCAGUGAAGGAGAUUCUUCUUUCGGAUCUUGUGGUCUGCUCCAUUGCCUACAUUUUAACCUUUGCUAUUACUUCAAGCACUGUCUUCCUGUCCCUAAAGCCCUUUGUGACCAUAGUACUGUAUGCUCUGGCAGGGACGGUGGGCUUUUUCACCCACUAUCUCAUACCUCAGUUACGGAAGCACCACCCUUGGCUCUGGAUCUCUCACCCAGUACUAAAGAGCAAUGAGUACUCCCAGUUUGAGCCCAGAGACGAUGCUCAGUUGAUGUGGUUUGAGCGUCUGUACAUGGGCCUGCUGUGUUUUGAGAAAUACGUUGUUUACCCAGCCAUCAUUCUGAGUGCGCUCACCAAUGAUGGCUUCUCACUCAGUCACUGAAAGAAGCUAGGCAUCCACUGUGAUGUCUUGUUGAUGACAGUUGCUGGGAUGAAACUCCUCCGCGCCUCCUUCUGCAGUCCCAGCUUCCAGUUCGUCACUCUCAUCUACACUGUCAUCUUCUUCGAGUUUGACUGCAGCAGAGCCUCUGAAACCUUUCUGCUGGAUUUCUUUAUUAUGUCCAUUGUCUUCCACAAGCUCAGUGAUCUGCUUCACAAGCUCCACUUCAUCAUGGUCUACAUCGCACCGUGGCAGAUCGCAUGGGGCAGUGCCUUCCACGCAUUCGCUCAGCCCUUCGCUGUGCCUCACUCAGCCAUGUUGCUGCUGCAGACGUUCAUCACAACUCUGUUCUACACCCCUCUCAGCCCCUUCCUGGGCAGCGCCAUCUUCAUCACCUCCUACCCGCGGCCCGUCAAGUUCUGGGAGAGGAACUACAACACCAAACGCAUUGACAACUCUAAUAGCAGACUUGUAUCUCAGGUUGAUAAAGAGACAGGAUGUGACGACAACAACCUGAACUCCAUCUUCUAUGAGUAUCUGACACGCUCUCUGCAGCACUCUCUGUGUGGUGACCUGAUGCUGGGCCGCUGGGGGAACUACAGCUCUGGAGACUGCUUUAUCCUGGCCUCCGACUACCUCAACGCCUUCGUUCACCUCAUCGAGAUCGGCAAUGGCCUGGUCACCUUCCAGCUCAGAGGCUUGGAGUUCAGAGGUACAUACUGCCAGCAGAGGGAGGUAGAGGCCAACACUGAGGGGGUGGAGGAGGACGAUUCCUGUUGCUGCUGUGAGCCGGGCCACCUGCCACAUUUCCUGUCCUGCAACGCAGCCUUCAACCUGCGAUGGCUGGCCUGGGAGGUCACCACCACCAAGUACCUGCUGGAGGGCUACAGCAUCAGCGAGAACAACGCUGCCACAAUGCUGCAGGUGUACGACCUGCGCAAACUGCUCAUCACCUACUAUCUGAAGAGCAUAAUCUACUACCUGAUCCAGUCCCUGAAGCUACAGACGUGGAUCAAGGAUCCCUCUAUCAUGGAGGCUCUGGUGUCCUACACCAAGUGGCACCACAUAGAGAGAGACCCGGCCGUGUUCAGCGUUAAGAUAGACGAGGACUACGUCCACUGCCUCCAGGGCGUCACCAGGGCCAGCUUCUGUAACAUCUAUCUGGAAUGGAUCCUGUACUGUGCCAACAAAAUGGAGGAGCCUGUGGACUGUGACGAGGACUCCCCUCUGGUCACUCUGUGCUAUGCCUUGUCUGUGCUGGGCAGGAGAUCCUUGGGGACAGCAUCUCACAACAUGUCCAACAGUUUGGAGUCGUUCUUGUAUGGGUUCAACACUCUGUUCAAAGGAGACUUCCGUAUCGCCACUAAAGAUGAGUGGGUGUUCACGGACAUGGAUUUGCUGCAGAAAGUGGUGGUCCCAGGCGUGAGGAUGAGUCUCAAGCUCCAUCAGGACCACUUUACAUGUCUGGAGGAGACAGAGGAGCCAGCCAUGUUGUAUGAGGCCAUUAGUAACUACAAGGCCAGUCUGGUGAUCUGCCAUGAGAGUGACCCAGCCUGGAGGAAGGCGGUUCUGUCCAGCCGGGACACUUUGCUCACACUGAGACACAUGGUGGACGACGGCACGGACGAGUACAAGAUCAUCAUGCUCUACAAACGCCACCUCAGCUUCAAGGUCAUCAAGAUCAAUAAGGAGUGUGUAAGGGGCCUGUGGGCCGGCCAGCAGCAGGAGCUGGUGUUCUUACGCAACCGCAACCCGGAGCGCGGCAGCAUCCAGAACUCCAAGCAGACCCUCCGAAACAUGAUCAACUCGUCGUGCGACCAGCCGCUGGGCUACCCCAUGUACGUGUCCCCCCUCACCACCUCCUACAUGGGCACCCACAAGCAGCUGAGGAGCAUCUGGGGCGGCCCUCUCAGCCUGGACAGCAUCAAGACCUGGCUCUUGUCCAAGUGGCUGCGGGUGCGGAAGGAUAACCUGACCAGCUGUAACAGUGGUGUGAACAUGGAGGAUGUGGACUGUGCAGGGGGCUCCUCUUCUCUGAGCCACAACCCAAACUCCAUCACCUCCCAGAGCCUGAGUCUGUACCAGGCCAGGCCCAACAGGACCUCUCACGCCAAUAGGCAGCACGCUACAGGGAGGAGAGAGUACCGGAGCCGCUCAGUGCAGCCCCAGAGCCAGCGGCCUCCAGUCACCAGCCAGUCAGGGCCCAUCCUGGAUAAUCAGCAGGUGUCAGCUUCGGCCAAUGGCCAGGUGCAGCACCUCUCCAACAGCCAGCUGUCCUUCAACACCUCCAUCGCCUCAGUCUUCUCCCAGGUGCCACGGCUCUCUACGGCCGGGGGCCAGCUGAGUUCCCAGCUCCAGGCUGCAGCCCACCACCGCUCAAGCCAGGUGUCCUCCUCCAGCUCCACCCUCAGCCUGCUGUUCGGCAAGAGGAGCUUCUCCAGUGGCCUUGUCAUCUCUGGCCUGUCGGCGGCCGAGGGUGGCAACACCACGGACACACAGUCGUCCAGUAGUGUCAACAUCGCCAUGGGUGGACCCUCCUGCCGGUCCACCAGCAGACCCACACAGUGGACAUCAGAGCCCUACGAGACUGUAGAUGCAACCUACUCCAACACUCCCAAUGGCGCGAAAGACAACACAGCGUCAAAUGAUAAAGGCUGCACACAGGGUACGGAUAAGAGCCAGGAGGACACAGCAGCCUCUGCAACCCACGAACUUCCAGAGCAAAUGACUAUCUGA